CCACACCCUCUCCACCUCUUCUCCCCACCCAUUUCUCAAGCUCUCUACAAUCCAUACUCUCUCUCUCUCUCUCUCUCUCUCUCUCUCUCUCUCUCUCUCUCUCUCUCUCUCCUUGUACACUACGAAUCAAUAUGGUCCACGUUGGAGGUGCUUAUGCAGAUGAUGAGAGUGGUGACAACAAAUUGGUUGUAGAUUUCAGAGGAAACCCUGUUGAUAAAUCUAAAACUGGUGGAUGGCUCGCUUCAGGGCUCAUCUUAGGAACGGAGCUGUCGGAGAGGGUGUGCGUGAUGGGGAUCACGAUGAACCUGGUGACAUACCUGGUUGGGGAUAUGCACCUCUCGACAUCGCAAUCUGCAAACAUCGUGACCAAUUUCAUGGGAACACUCAACCUGCUCGCCCUCUUAGGGGGCUUUUUGGCCGACGCCAAGCUCGGCCGCUAUCUAACCAUCGCCAUCGCUGCCGCCAUCACUGCCACUGGAGUUUGCCUGCUGACGAUUACAACGUCGGUCCCGGGCAUGCGGCCGCCGGCCUGCGACGACUUCCGGCGGAGCCACCACGAGUGCGCGACCGCGACCCGGGGCCAAUUGGCGAUGCUCCUCGCGUCGCUCUACACGAUCGCGCUCGGCGCGGGCGGGAUCAAGGCCAACGUCUCCGGCUUCGGCUCCGACCAGUUCGACGGCCGCGACCCGGAGGAGGAGAAGUCGAUGGUCUUCUUCUUCAACCGCUUCUACUUCUGCAUCAGCCUGGGCUCGCUCUUCUCCGUGACGGUGCUCUUCUACGUCCAGGACAAUGUCGGCCGCGGGUGGGGGUACGGCGUGGCGGCCGCCACCAUGGUCGCCGCGGUCGGAGUGUUCGUCGCCGGAACGCCCCAGUACAGAUACCGAAGACCGGAGGGGAGCCCGUUGACCGUGAUUGGGAGAGUGUUGUGGUUGGCGUGGAAGAAGAGGGUUGACUAUCCCGAGGAUUUGACUCGGCUCAACGAGUUCCACGUGGCAAGAGUGGCCCACACAGAUACGUUCAGGUGCUUGGACAAAGCUGCGAUCAUCUCAUGCGACGAUUCUGAAUCAAAUAAGAAAGCGUCAGAUGCAGCAGCAACUGCGACACAAGUGGAGGAGGUAAAGAUGGUCCUCAAACUCCUGCCAGUCUGGUCUACCUGCAUCCUCUUCUGGACCGUCUACUCGCAGAUGACCACGUUCUCCAUCGAGCAAGCGACCUACAUGGACCGCCGCCUCGGCUCGUUCCUCGUCCCCGCCGGCUCCCUCUCCGUCUCCCUCUUCCUCUCCAUCCUCCUCUUCACCUCCCUCAACGAGAAGCUCCUCGUCCCCUUCGCCCGCCGCUUCGUCACCCGCUCCCCCCAGGGCCUCACCAGCCUCCAGCGCAUCGCCGUAGGCCUGCUCCUCUCCGUCGUCGCCAUGUCAGUCGCCGCGCUCGUCGAGAGGAAACGAAGGGACGCCGCCGUCCACCUCGGCACGACCAUAAGCGCCUUCUGGCUCGUCCUGCAGUUCUUCCUCGUGGGCGCGGGGGAGGCAUUCGCGUACGUCGGCCAGCUUGAGUUCUUCAUCCGCGAAGGCCCGGAGCGGAUGAAGUCGAUGAGCACGGGGCUCUUCCUCGCCACGCUAUCGAUGGGCUUCUUCCUCAGCAGCGUGCUCGUUGCGCUCGUCGACAAGGCGACUAAUGGGGGGUGGAUUAAGAAUAAUCUCAAUGAAGGGAGAUUGGAUUAUUUUUAUUGGAUGUUGGCGGUAUUGGGCGUGGUGAAUUUCGCGGUGUUCUUGUUUUUCGCUAGCCGCCAUGAGUACAAAGUGUCCAACUAUAGUUUGAAGGGGUGGGGGACGGAUGUAGCCAUUUUGAAGGAGGAGAUGGCCGAGGAGACGAUAAAAAUAACCGAUGUAUAGAAAAUUCAUCGGUGAGACAUAUAUUGUAACGGUCGAUGAUUUACAUUUUUCAUCAAAAUUAUAUAAUAUAUAUUUUGGUGUGCACUUA